CGAUGUCUUCCUCUACCACCACGGCCGCCAUCUCCCAGUCGCCGACCACCAGCAUCAAUAUUUCAGAGGAUGGACGCUCCUUUCUCUCAGAGUCUGGUGCCAACUCCAGCUCUGGCAGGCCUCAGUCAUCCUCAACUGCCAACUCUAGCGGCUGCUCGCGUGCGCUACAACGGCGCUUCCCGCGCGUUCGGCGCUGCCUUACCCGUGCGUCGAUGGGAACGAGCAGAGCAGCCGGUGGUCUAACGGUGAUAGUCGCGCUGCUUAUGGUGGGAAUCGUGGGUACCUUUGCGCUGCAUCAGAUGAUGAGCCCUGAGAUUGAGGCGCUCACGCAACAGCGCGAGAAGCUCAAGGACGACGUCAUGGCUUUGCGAAUGCAGGUGGAGAACAUAACGCGCAUCGCAGAGAGCCGCCUGGAGACCAUCCACCUCCUGGAGACAGAGCUCGAGCGACAGCACGUCCAAGCGGCGGAGGCUGCGGCUACUGCCACAAGCGGCGCAGAGCACGGUGCCGCUCCACAUGUGGCCAAUGAGCACAUAAGGAGCGGCGAGAUCCGUCCGAGUGUUGUGCUGCCUACGAUAUUUUACACUGUGUUGUUGGGUUCCGUCCUGCUAGCGUCUGUGCUCUACCGGAUUUUCCUAAUCAUCCGUGGCGAGAUCGUCGCCCAGUACAAGUUAGGAAAGAAGCAGUAUGCUGGUGGCAGUGGCUCUGGCGGACUCAUGAUGCCACCAGUCUCAGAAUCGUCCUUGGACAGCAGACGGAAUGGAAGAGGAACGCCGCCGCUGUCGCCCACGCGAGGUCCAAUCGUUGACGACUCGGUGUCUAGUGGCGGUCGAUCUGCUGCAUCUGGUGGUCCCAACUCGUCACUCAGUCCUAAAUCAACCGGCGAGUCUUCGCCUCAGUGCUACAAGCGCGCGCCAGGAUCUUCGCCAACGAUCGUUUAGGCUCCUUCGUGGACAUUGUACAAACACACUUACGAAGUUCACAGCAGUAGCAUUUUAAAUAAAGCAGUGCAGUCCUGA